ACUGAAACAGAGCAGCGAUGGCACAAGCCAAGAACCAUGGGUGUGAAGUGAGUGAGUGACAUGGUGUUCAUUUCCACUAAGCCAAAGCAGUUUACAGUUGCUGACGAUGUAAGGAGUACACGUUACAAGGCCGUACGGGGGGUGCUGCCAGACUCAGAUGUCCUCAAAGUCUGCGAGGCAUACAAGGACUUCUCAGCAGUCAUCGCACCACUGAUCACCACCAUGGCUAUAAGUGUGGACGUGCCACUGGUUAACUGCACCUUUGGAAAAGUUCAGGAAGGUAGCCCCAUCUCAUACCAGCAUCCACUUCCUCUUAGCCGGGUUAUAUUGCGUCACCCAGAUGCCCCUCCACCUCUACCUGUGGAUGGCUAUAGGCUGGAGCCUACCACCUGUGAGAUUGUGUGCAGUCACCAACAGCACCUCCAUCUACUGUCACUUGCGACAACAUUGCUCAUGGCAAGGAAAAUCGAGGUGGCCACAAGGGAGCAGAGCGACAGUGUGGAAUGGCAACAUGUUAGGAGGCCAAGAAUAACUUCUUCCCGUUUCAGGGAAGUAUGCCAUGUUCGAGGUCAGAGUUCGGCUGAAAACGUGGCACAACGGAUUCGGAAGGGAUUUGCGCAAACAGCGUCAAUGAAGAGGGGACUGGCACUGGAACCGGUUGCCAUCCAGGAAUACUGCCGGAUUAAAAACACCAAUUACUGGCCGUGUGGGUUUGUCAUUCACCCAGAUGCCCCCUGGUUAGGGUCAUCUCCUGACGGUCUGGUGUUUGACCCAACUGAGAGCCCACCUUUUGGACUUGUAGAAAUAAAAUGCCCAAAUGUGAAAAGUUAUGUGGACUGUAGCUACUUAAAAAUGCAAAGUGGCACAUUAAAACUGAAGCAGUCUCAUAGCUAUUAUUGGCAGGUGCAAGGCCAGCUCCUACUCACAGGGAUGGAGUGGUGCGAUUUCGUCAUUUUUGCGGAGGAGGAUAUCCUUAUACAGUGUAUCUGCAGAGACUACACAAUUGGUUCGGCUCUCUCCCUCUCCCUCUCCAUACCACUUCACUUCACUUUUAAGCAAUAGAUCCCUCAAAUGUGGUGAUCAAGAGUGGUGACACAGAUAUUGCAACUUAAGUAUUCAAGAGGACAGUCAUAGUACAAAUAGGUUGAGAGAAAAUAUGGAAGAGUCACUUUGACUUUAGAAAAUUACACCACAAACAUUUUUAUUAAAGAAUAUUCGCGAAACAGCAGCCUAUGCAACAUUUAUUUAAUGCAAUUUGAAAUGUAUUUGUGACGAGUAAAUACUGGCAUUUUAGAAUACAAUUUAAAAUGUUACUGUUCGCAUACAAGGCCCUAAACGGUUUAGCCCCACCGUACCUGGCAGAUCUUUUAAAACCAUACACACCCACACGGUCACUGAGGUCUGCUGACAGACUCCUUCUGGAAGUCCCAAAAUCGAGGCUAAAGCAGCGGGGAGACAGAGCCUUUGCUGUUGCAGCUCCAAAGUUAUGGAACGAAUUACCCCUCCAGGUUAGACUUGCUCCAACUCUGCCUGUUUUUAAAUCUCGUUUAAAAACCCACUUAUUUUCCCUGGCUUUUACUGUACAGACCAGGUGACACUUGUGCUGUUAAAUGUGUUUUGUUUUUUUAACCUUACUAGUGUUUUGUAUUGUUUUUACGUCACAGGAGAGUUUUUCAGUCGGUGGCUUCUGAUCUGGUUUCAUUGUCUCGUGUAUUACAUUUGUUUCAUGUCCUGUCUGUUUUGAUGUAUUUAGGCUAUGUUUUUAUACAGUUGUUGAUGUACAGCACUUUGUUCAACUCCGUUGUUUUUAAAUAAAAUGGAUUGGAUUGGCUAAUAAUAAGCCAGGCCCCAUUAUAAAAUCUCCAAGAUUAUCACCCUGCAGUCCAAAGGACAUGCUUACGCUUAGGCACCUGACAGGCUGAUCCCUCAUAAACCUGCUCAUUAUUCUGAUUUGUACAGACACAUGGCUUGUAACAAAGCCCCGAAAGGAAGUUAUUGUUUUCUUUAUAAGAAUACAGAAGGAAGUAUUAUCCAAACAUCUGUAUGAUCACAUUUCCUGCAACCACCAGCAACACGUGUUUUGCUAGAUUCCUUUACAGAGAAAAGAGAUUCACCUAACCUGGCACAAUCACAGAGAUCGAAUAUUUGACGACA